CAUCACCCUCACCGCCCAUGGCCUCACCAGCCAACGGCGUCGGGCCAACCCAGCAUGCCUCUAGUCCGUCCGCUCCCGCACAAUCACCAGCAUCACAGCCACACCCGCCCAGCUCGGCAGCGGCUGCUGCCGCCAUCCAGCAAGGCUUCCAGCCAAACGCAUCACAGCAUCUCGUCGCUCAUCCCUUCAGAGCGCCGGGAUCGGGGCAAGGAAACGCUGGCCCAUCUACUUCGUCCUCUUCCAAUCAGAAUGCGAGCUCCAGCUCGAACUCGAACGCGAACUCAUGGGUCGCAGCAGGCGGUAUCGAUCUACGCGCAGAGGAGGAAGCUCUCCGAGCAGGGGAACGUCAGGCACCACCGCCGUCGGACCCCUACUCCAACUCAACGCAGCGCGGUCAAACAGGCGCUGCUGCCUCAUCCUCUGCGUCCUCUUCCUCCUCGUCGACGGGCUACCUGCAACUGCUCCCUCUAGCGCAAAUGGUACACCGCACCUCCUCCUCGUACGAUAUAAACGACGUGGACCCAGAAGUGCUCAACAUCCUCUCUGCGGGGGCGAGGAUUCGUUUUCGCAACCUCCUCGAAGGAAUGGUGCGCGCGGCGAGACAUCGUGGUUGGAGUGAUGCGGAGCGGGAGCCUCCGCUUGAGGAGGGCAGUCGGGGGAAGAAGGAUGGGAAGCAAAAGGAGAAGAGACCACUCUAUCACGAGGAGCUGCUGAGCGAUCCGAGCAAAUGGCUUAGGGCGCUAGAGAAGGCGGAGCGUGGGCAAGAAGCGGUGAUGCGGAGGAAGAGGGCACAGCUACGUGCCGAGAGGGAGAGGAGGGAAGCCGAGAGGGCUGCCGGCGUGUCCACACCGCUGGCUAGCAAGGACGGCGCCAAUGACGACUCUAUAAUGGACGGUGGUGCGGGCGACGACACUGAAGAGGGCGGCUCAUCGCGCAAGAAGGCGAAGCUCGCGACGAACGCGAGUAGCAGCGCGAAUGGCGGCGGAGGAUCAGGAUCAGCGCCCGGUUCAGGCGAUGGUACUACAGGCCCUUCGACCCCGACGGCAGCACCAAUCGCAUCCAACGCGACGGCGAGUAUGAGUGCAAAGAACAUGUCCGACGACGUGCGUCGGCGCCUCGCAAACAAUACGGCAGCAAGAGCGUUGGGUAGUUUGGGCGGGUCGAUGCCCAAGUGGAUGACGAUGGGUGGUGGAGCCGGCGCGGGGGCGGGGGGAGGAGGAUUCGGGUCAGCAGGUGGAGAGGGCGGGAUGAGCCCCGCAAGCAAUCUUCCCAAACCACGCUUCGCUCCUCAACCCCCCGUGCAGCAGCAGGAGGGCAACCAAGCAGGCUGGGCACGCGCUCCCUCGGGCAAGGCUGGCUCGCCCAUCGCGAGGGAAGGGACGGUGAAUCCACAAGGCUGGGGUGACCUCUCCCUUCGAGCUCUGGCUAAGCAGGAAGAGGAGAGGAAGAAGCGUAAACGCGUCUUGCUGAGCGAUGCCUUCCAUGCGCUGGAGAUGGAGAGGCGGAAUGGCGGGGGUGGGAGCAGUGGCGGGGAUAGAGUCGUAAUGCGAUGGAGGGCGCUGGGAGGGAAGGAAGGGAAGGAGGGGCAGGAGCAGUGAGAGCGGUGACCAUGGCGAUGCGUUGCAAUUGUACAAAAUAAGAUGGCGUCCAGCCCACAAAGAGGCGGACGAUCGAUUACAGAGACCCGGUUGUAGUGGUACGACUCUCCAAUGUCCUCCCGCGCGACUGCACUUCCCUCAAGUACCCGCGCGGCCCCACCUUCCAUGCCUUCGCGAACACAAAGAGCGGGAUGGUGGAAAGGGCGAGGGACACGCAUGCUAGGAGAAAGGAGGCCCAAUUGAGGCCCAACCUCGUGUACAUAGGCUGCGCCGCCAAGGGCAGAAAGGCGAUGAAGCUAUUCUCCCCCAAAGCGAGGGCCGUCAUUGCGCUCCCGGCCACGUCGGCGUAGGCGUCCACAACGUAUGAGGCGACGCAAUUGA